UUGGAUUAGUGGUAAUUAAGAGUAAACGAGCUUCGUAUCUUAGUCUCCGACCAGGCUGUUUUGGCUUAUGUUCAUGGUCAAUUUACGUGGCGGUUUUCUAAAAGAAACUUGUAGGAUUUCAGUACAUUAACAAACAAUGGGGGUCUUUCUGAUUUGGGAAUGGUGAUGACAGCAAUGCCAGAGUAGAUUUUCAGUAGAGGCCUUUUCAGGAAGRGUCUAGAAACUGACCAUGGGGAAGGAAUCAAAGAGAAUUUGCUGUUUUCGAAGCAACGCGUUAUCAGUGGACACAGAAAUGUCCAAUCCAAACAGCAAACGGACAUCGAGAGUACAUUUUGAGGAUGCUGUUGACGAUGCCGAUGAUGCUGACCUUGUGAACAAAAAGAACAAGAAAAGCUACUGGUCGAAAGGAGAACGUCGUUAUAGUGAGGCCGAGAAAGCUUUCCUUAGUCGUGUCCGAAUACGAUCUGUUGUUGGUCGAGAUAGACAAAGGAAAUUUGGAUGUUUGAAGUUCUUUGAUCCUGCAGAAGACAGGGUAUACCUGUGGUUGUUCGUAGUUUCUAUAGCUGUGCUGUACAAUAUAUGGACCAUCAUGCUUCGUACCGCUUUCUCUCAGCUCAACAAUGAGUUUUUUAUCAUCUGGCUUGUCUUGGAUUAUGGUUGUGACAUCAUCUACAUKGCUGAUAUUAUAAUUAGCAUGAGAACUGGCUUUCUAGAGGAGGGUAUUAUACAAACAAGUCCACGUAAAUUACGAAAUCACUACAUCAAGUCAUUGCCGUUUUUUCUGGACGCCGCUGCCACCAUACCGUUGGAUUUUCUCUACAUAUUCGUUCCUUACAUCCCUGCUGUCCGUAUUAACCGCAUUUUCAAGUUCCAUCGCUUUUGGCAUUUUUUGGACCGUACGGAGAGUCGAACCUCGUUUCCAAGUGUCAUUCGUUUAGGAUCAUUAGUUCACUUUAUACUCAUUAUUAUUCAUUGGAAUGCGUGCGUGUAUUUCAUGGUAUCGAAGGAACUUGGUUUUGGUACRGAUAACUGGGUUUAUCCUGGUCUUCCUGGACAAUUGAACAAAAAUACCAGCUAUGACUCACUGUCACGUCAGUAUAUAUACUCGUUUUACUGGUCGACACUGACUUUAACCACGAUUGGUGAAGUGAACCCUCCUAAUACUACCGUACAGUAUGUGAUUGUUACAUUUGAUUACCUCAUUGGUGUACUUCUCUUUGCUACUAUCGUCGGUAACGUUGGUAACAUCAUUACCAACCUAAAUGCGUCCAGGCUCGACUUUCAAAACAAAAUGGACGGCGUCAAGGCUUACAUGCGCUUUCAUAAGAUCCCUCAAGACCUUCAGAAUCGUGUCAUCAAGUGGUUUGAUUACCUAUGGACGUACAAGAAACAUCCUGAUGAAGAAGAGAUAUUAUUGUCGUUACCAGAUAAGCUAAGAGCAGAGAUAGCAAUCAAUGUUCAUCUGGACUCUCUUAGAAAGGUUGCCAUCUUUCAAGACUGUGAAUCUGGAUUUUUGUGUGAGCUUGUUACGUUUGCCGUAAAGGAGAAGUAGGACGCGAGAUGUACAUCGUGAAUCGUGGUAAACUAGAGGUUGUAUCAGAGCGAGGAACCAAGAUUUACGCCGCUCUUGAAGCUGGAAGCUACUUUGGUGAGAUAAGCGUYUUAUGCAUGAGCAGUGCYGGWAACAGGCGYACUGCAUCUGURAGGUCCGUAGGCUAUACCGAGUUAUUCUGUCUAUCAAAGAACGAUCUUAUGGAAGUACUAAAUGAGUAUCCAGCUAUUAAGGAAAAGAUUGAAAAGAUUGCUUUAGAYAAACUUGAAAAUGAUAAACGACGUAUCAGUAGCAAAGCCGAUGGUGUAAACUCAAAUGCCCAYGGAGUAUCUAUGCAAGGACGAGUUAUCGAAGAAAAAGAGUUUAAAAAACUGGUUCAGAAGGUAGAAAAACUCGAGUCGCAGAACGACGAACUCGUUGCGGAGUUAGAGAGYCAGAAGASUGAGUUCGAUGAACGAGUAGUAACUCUUGAAACAGCAUUGUCUGAGCUGCUUAGGAAACGUACUAACGAAGAAACACCACCCUCGCUUAAAGCUUCUAUUGAGUCAGUCUGGAAAAAGAGAUAGUAGUAGUAUCCAAUCCCUUCUCUUGUGUACAGGGAAGAGUAAGCCUGGUCCGUAUUAGAUGUUCUCCUGUUAGUCUCACAAAUUMCCCAAAAAUCAGACCAGAACGUCAGCGCACAGGCURUAUUUGAUUGGUCAAUUUGAAAAGCAUGUGGCAAUUUAUUCAGACAUUGUGCUCAGUCACGUGAUUUUGUUAGCAUCCAUUGUACAUGCGUGAUUACGUCAGAACAUGCGUUUUACGCGAGCAAAAAGGGAUUAUGUAUCUACUGUUUUUAUGGCUGUAGAUGACAUGAAUCUCUCAACAUUUCAACGACAAUAAAGCUCUCGUAUUACUAUUAUUGCUUCGUCUUUGUCAUAUCACUCCAAAUGCAUAACCUUUCAAGUGUUUUACCAACCGAAGAUUGGCAUGAUGACAUCAUGCCUACUAGUUGUUUAUUGGAAUUCUAUACAUGCAUUGAAAUAUCCUGCWUAGUGAAGUAUGUUUCAUUGAAGAACUGAAAUAAAUUUUUAACAGAUUCAUUAAUUAACCUUUUCCUCCCCUCCCUCAUAAUAUUAUAUGAUCGAGAAAUGUAAUUCAUCGUGGUCAGAAAGUGUUGGGACGUGAUUGGUUGGUUUGAUGGAAGACGUUUUGAAAUGAAUAUGAAUUGAAUUUAUCAAUUCGACGAUGUCAACGCCUGUCAGCAAAAAAUAAUAUCUCAUCGGGUCCUMGUUUAUUGCAUUGUUGACGAUUAUUGUGCGUGUUUAUUGAAAGAAGUAUAUUUUAAAUAACAGAAACCAUUUUACGUUGUACUGCUUGCAAGUAUUCAAGAUGGCGGGCGUUUAGUAAUACAGUAUGUUCCUUUCCUUUAAACUCUCAAGACAUGUUUUAUUUAUUUUUGAUGAUGAACAACACCGUUAUAWUCAUAAAUGUAGUAAUUACAAGGUAUUUUCUAGAGAAAUAACUUAAUAAAUACAAUUUAUUGUAUACAAAUCGCUACUUUGAGCGUAAACCAUUGCUCUAUUUAAACAUUUGUAUAAUAAACCCCAGAUUAGUCACGUGAUUCAAAAUGUCGAACUAGAUAACAUCACUUAAAUUAUUAAUUCGUUCGACGUCCUAACUUAAAGGUGUAAUGUCAUGAAGUGCACAUUUGCAAGUGGCUAAAGAUGUCGGCUCGUGGAGGAGGAAAAGCUACGCCAUUUUACAAUGGCAGACAGAGGUUUGCCGCAGCGUCUAAGAUCGUGAGCUUUACUGCACAUUCCAUGACAGUUUCCCUUAAAAAAUUCUUUGUACAUCGGUAUUGAUAUUGCCGUAUGCCAAAUAGAGCUAAAAUCAAGUCGAAAAAGCUAUCUCUUUAGCGAAUAUUUAAAUACGUGUUAUUCACGAUAUAAAGUCUAUUSAAAAUCCUAUAAAAAAUUUARAUGAAACAUUAAUAAAUUCUAUCUGCAGUAGAGAUCUCUUCGUUUAAACAUUAACACUCGAUAACAUACUAUUUAUUCACAUUAGAGAGACUUUGAUYUCU